GUUGGGCUCGGGGACGGCGCCCCGCAGCAAGCCCUGGACCUCCUGGACUCUGGCGCUGGUGCUCCUGAGUGUGGCCGCUGCUGCUCUGGGUGCCGUUGGGGCCGUGGCUUGGCCCGAGUAUGCCCAGCUGUGCUUGAUACCUGUUUUCCCAAGUAUUGCAUCAAGUCUUAUUCUUGUUCUUGAGCGCCCCAGGACCGUGUCCGGGCCCGUGUUCAUCAUCAAUGAGGCGCUUCUUGUUGUAGAAGUGGCUGUACUCAGUCUCAUGCCGAGUGCCGCCCCAAGCGGCCCGCCGAGACUCCUGUCUUGGACGGCUGGAGUCGGCUUUCCCCUGGCUUCGCUCGUUCUCAUGCUCAACAUGCCCCUGAGGGACCCGUUGCUGGACAGCACUGGAAUUGGCAAGCCCUUCGCGGAGCCGACGAAGACGGCGCGCAGCCCAGAGGAUGCCAUCACUCUUUGGCAGUGGAUGACCGUCUCGUGGAUGGCGCCGCUCAUCAGAAUCGGCUACAAGCGGCAGCUGCACGACGAGGACGUCUGGUUCCUCGCCUACGAGUUCCAGCACAGCAGGCUGCACGCGCUGUUUCGCGAGCUGACCGGCACCGUGUUUGUCAGGCUGCUCAAAGCGAAUGGCCUCGAUCUCAUCAUCACAACCGCUCUUGGGGUGCUGGAGACGUCGCUCGAGAUGGCGGAGCCGGUACUACUGAAGCAGCUGCUCGCAGCGCUGACUUCAGACCAGCGCAACAUCCGGACGGCCCUGGUGUACGCCGGGAUUACGCUGUGCGCGAGGCUAGUCAAGGCCCAGUCGGGCGUGUUCAGCGUGUGGUUCUGCCGGCGGGCCUAUGAGCGAUCCCGCGGAGAGAUGAUCACCAUGAUCCACGAGAAGACGCUCAGGCGGAAGGCGUUUACCUUUCCCAGUAGCCAUGAAAUCACUGGCGGACAGGCCCAGCAGCAGCAGCAGCAGCAGCAGCAGCAGCAGCAACAUCACGAGCCAACUUCAGAAGGUAUCUCGACGUCCACCACCCUCACCGACGACGAGUCUUCGCAGAACAACGACGACGCCGAGUCCCAAGACAGCAGCAGCACUCCCUCGACCAACUUCCAGAAGCUGAAGUCCCUCCUGCACCGCGGCUACACCCGCAUCAACCGCCAGAAACCCGCCCCGCCAGCCCAGGAAGAACCCACCCCCGCCUCCUCCUCGUCCCCGGCAUCAACCGGCAAGAUCCUCAACCUGCUCCGCAGCGACGCCUACGAGGUCGCCCAGCGCUUCUGGGAGGCGCCGAACCUGACGACCAAGCCGCUGAGCUUCGCGCUCUCGCUUCUGCUGCUGUGGCGCCUGCUCGGCCCGGCCGCGCUCGGCGGCAUCCUGGUCCUGCUGGCCGGCAUGGCCGCCAACGUGCUGCUGAUGCGCGCGCUGCUGCGCAUCGAGCGCGCCCGCCGUGACGCCUCCGACUCCCGCCUGCAGCGCACCAGCCAGUUCGUCGAGGCCAUCCGCCACCUGCGCUGGUAUGCCUGGCAGGACGCCUGGCUGGGCAAGAUCAUGGAGGGCCGCGCGACGGAGCUCGGCUGGCGCGUGAGGAGCAAUGUGGUCGUCAAGAGCAUCGCCGCGGUGAAUGCGCUCGCGGCGUACCUGUUUCCCGUGGCCGGGUUCUGGGCGUACACGGUGCUCGGGGGGAAGAGGCUGACGGUGGACGUGGCGUUUCCGGCUCUGGACUUGUUCGGCAUGGUGCAGAACAGCCUGAGGGAGCUGCCGGAUUUGGUAACGGUUGUCCUAAAUGCGCGGGUGGCGAUGGCGAGGAUUGAGAGGUUCAUGCUGGAGCCGGAGAAGGAGGACCUGGAGGGGGAUCUGCUCGGGGGUGGCGGUCGGGGGGAGGAGGUCGGGCCGCCCGGAGAGCUGGAGAUCGCGGUGACCGAUGCGUCGUUUGCGUGGCCUGGGUCAGCGAAGAACGUGCUGAGGGACGUGUCGAUCGUGUGCCGGCCGGGCCUGACGGUGGUGUGCGGUAAGGUGGGCAUCGGCAAGACGGCGCUGCUGCAGGCUAUCCUGGGCGAGCUGGACCAGCACGGCGGUGAACGCAGCGUGCCACGCGAGAUGGUCGGGUACUGCGCCCAGACGCCCUGGCUCGAGAGCAUGAGCAUCCGCGAGAACAUCCUGUUCUCGGCUCCGUACGACAAGGCCCGCUUCGAGCAGGUCAUCGACGCCUGCUGCCUGCGCGACGACCUCGACAAGUUUCGGUGCAAAGAUCUCACGCUCAUCGGCGAGAACGGCGUCGGGCUGUCGGGCGGCCAGCGGGCGCGCGUGGCGCUGGCGAGAGCCGUCUACAGCCGGGCGCGUAUCCUGCUUCUCGACGACCCCAUCUCGGCGCUGGACCACCACACGGCCACGAGCAUCGUGCAGAAUCUCUUCGCCGACAAGAACUCGCCGCUGACUGCGGGUAGGCUUGUCGUCUUCGUCACUCACCGCGUCGACAUUGUCACCCCCUACGCCUACCAGGUCAUCGAGGUCCUGGAUGGCGGCCGGGUCGAGACGUUUGACCGGAAGGAGCUGGAGAAUAACGAAGAGGAGCUCGAGCACCUGGCGGAGAUCGCCUGUACCGCUGCUGCCGCGCCGACGAGUGACGGGACAGGAACGGAGGAAGGCGAACCGAUGCCCGACAGCUUUAUGGAGGAGGAGCAUCGCGUGCACGGAGGAGUCCUGGCCUCGGUCUACUGGCAGUACGUUAAGGCCGGCCGGCUUGGCUGGUGGGCCACCAUGAUCGGCUUCUUCGUGCUCUUCCGCGUCGCCAAGAUUGGGUACUUCUGGUUCCUGAAAGAAUGGGGCGAGCAGUACCGAGAAACGCCGGAGGGUAGCUACAGCCACAGCGCUGCCAUGGCCGGCCUUGGGCAAGACACAAACGGCUUGCAUCAUGCCGUGGUCUCCCAAGCCGUGUUCCAGCGGUAUGGAACAUCAUCAAAGAGCUGGCUCGACCUGGGACGGUAUUUGCCUUCGCCCAGCACGGAUGUCAAUCCGUGGCUGUUGGGAUUUCUCUACUUGUCGCUGGCGCAGGUCGUCACCCAGGCUCUGUCGGACGCUGCGCUCGUCGUCAUCAUCUACAAGGCCGGGAAAAACCUCUUCGAGCGCGCGAUGCAACGCGUGGCCAAUGCCACCUUCCGGUUCUACGAUGUCACGCCCGUCGGCAGGCUGAUGAACCGACUGACAUCAGACAUGGGCACCAUUGACGGACAGAUCGCCGGCCAGCUCAUGCAGGUGGCGUGGUACUCCCUUGGCUGGCUGUCGUCCAUUGCCGUCAUUUCAACCGCCACGCCCUCGUUCCUGGCCAUUAGCAUCGCCAUGACGGCGCUCUUUGUCCUCGUGUUUGACCGGUUCCUGCCGACAUCGCAGUCUCUACGCCGACUAGAGACGGUCUCCCUCUCGCCGCUGAUGUCCAACUUCGGCACCCUCGUCGAGGGCCUGACGACCGUGCGAGCGUUCCACGCCGAGCCGCAUUUCCAGAACCGCAUCGUCGCCAGCACAGACGCCUUCCAAAAGAUGGAUCACUUCUACUGGUCUCUCCAAGCCUGGCUGCAGUACCGCUUUGACCUGCUCUCGGCGCUGAGCACCUUCACGCUGACCCUGGCGGCGAUCCUGUCGGGUCUCUCCAGCGGCAGCGUCGGCUUUGUCCUCGCCUCGGCAUCCAAUUUUGUCCAGUCCACACACAGCCUGUGCCGCCGCUACGGCGAGAUGCAAAUGCAGUUCGUGAGCGUCGAGCGCGUCAUUGAGCUGCUCGGCCUGGACCAAGAACCGCGCGGGACCGUCCGCCCGCCGGCCGCCUGGCCCCUUUUCGGCGACGACAUCGUCUUCGACAAGGUCACGCUGCGCUACGCGCCGGGCCUCGACCCGGUCCUGUCCAACGUCAGCUUCACCAUCCCCGGCGGCGCCAACGUCGCCGUGACGGGGCGCACCGGCUCCGGCAAGAGCACGCUCGCGCUCAGCCUGCUCGGCACGCUGCACCCGGACACCGACUGCGGCGGAAGCAUCCGCAUCGGCGGCGUCGACCUCGCGACCGUCGACAGGCACACGCUGCGCCGCAACGUCACCUUCGUCGCGCAGGACCCGGUCCUCUUCCCCGGCACGCUGCGCGACAACCUCGACCCGCUGGGCGAGCGCGACGAGGCCGAGCGCGCCGAGGUGCUCGCGCGCGUGCUGCUGCGUUCCGGCGACGGCGGCGCGACGACGACCACCACCACCAGCAGCACCUUCACGCUCGACAGCCGCGUGGACGGCGGCGGCAAGAACCUGUCGCAGGGCCAGCGGCAGCUGGUCGGGCUGGGCCGGGCGAUCCUCCGCCGCAGCCCCGUCGUGAUCAUGGACGAGGCCACGGCAUCGAUCGACGGCGAGACGGCCGCGUACAUCCAGCGGCUGCUGAGGGAGGAGCUGCGGUACAGCACGGUGAUCACGAUCGCGCACAAGGCGGAGGCGGUGGCGGAUGCCGAUUUCGAGGUCGUGCUGGACCGCGGGCGGGUCGUCCGGGCCGGGCCGAGGGGGCCGAGGUGGGCGGGCAGAGGGUGAUUGGUGCGGCUGCUGCUGCUGUCCACACUACACUGGCUACCUGCUAUUCCGUAUACACGAAAUGACGCUCGGGAUGGAGUUACGGCUAUGCUUUUUCUGGGUAUCGGUUACAAUGGGUUGGGUGGGUAAAUCGGAUGGAUCAUGAGGUG